AUGGAAUCCUCACCUUCAGAUGCCAGGGUUCAAUUUGGCUCUGAAGUUAUCAAUGAGUUGCAAUGGAAAGCUGGCAUCCUCAAUGAAACAAGAUAUCGGGCGUUGAAAGAGCAAAUAUGGCCUCCUGACAACAUACCAGAGAAUGAGAAGGACAGCCAUCCUCGAUCUGAUCAAACGGUGGUUGACCUCGUGCAUCCAUCAUUGUUUCCUGUCAUUUAUGGUCGAACUCACGUUCUACCGGACCUGACUAUUGACCUUAAUGAUUGUAUAGCGAGCAUGGGGCAGGGGAAACUACUUCCAGUGCCACCUGAUAAAGAGGUAUAUGUCUAUCCGGAGCGCAGACCAUCACACAAACCUGAUGUCCCCCUUCUCAACCAAUGGCUCCAAUGUGACGUGAAGCUUACCGAGUCCGGAUGUCGCAUUGCGUCUUAUAUUAACAAUCUCCAGCUGGUGAAGGAUCAGGGACUAUAUGAUGUAAUCGGAAAGAUUAUCACAAUAACGAUUCCGCUUUGGGAGAAGAGCUUGGCCUCGAGACACUCUGACGAAGAUCGAAUCAAAUACACCGAAGUUCAGUAUGGAGAACAUAUCGAGCCAGAACCUAUCCCGCCUUGGGACGGAGUGAAUAUAGAAGAUUAUAGCGAUGAGAAUACUCCUUACCUCUGGUCAGAGGCCGAGGAAGAUGCGUACUAUGAACUUACGGAGCCAUGGGAAGCUUCACGCCCCAUCAUACUUCCCGAGCCUGGAGAGUUUAGGCCCCAUGAAGAGACAGAAUACAAAAAGGUCGACCUACGGAAGGAAUUUCCCGGCCAGAGACUACAGAUCAUUGUGAAGCUGGCCAAUAUCGAACUGACGCCUGAGAACCCGGAAUAUGAAGAUAGCAGCUGGCAUGUUGAGGGACAAUUGGUAAGCGCAAUCAAUCGCUUCUUCCCCUCCAGGAUUGAUCCUGUAGCCUCUCGGAACGAACUCAUCGUGGCACUGGCGAUAUAUUACCAUGAUAGCGAAAAUAUUACGCCGAGUGUUUGGUACCAGCAAAGGCAUGAAUUUCUCCAAACCAUCUACGGCUUUGGCAACGACACCUCUGGCUACGGCAAGACGAAUGUUACCCGAGAACUGGGCAGCGUGCUUUGCCAGGAUGGUCGGUUGCUCACUUUCCCCAACACGGUCCUGCACCGUGUGUCCUCGUUCUCCCUGGCCGACCGGUCAAAGCCGGGCCACCGCAAGGUUCUUGCUUUGCUCCUCGUGGAUCCCUACAGACGGAUUAUCUCCUCAUCCAAUGUGCCGCCGCAACGAGAGGAUUGGCUUCCAAACGAGUUCGACUCCAAAGUCAAGCGAGAUAUGAACCCACUGAUGACUAUGGAUGGGGCGAGGGAGGCAAGACUGGAGCUCAUGGCACACGCAUUAUCCAAUCCGCCGAAGGCAGCCGGAAUUAUGAGACCGGGAAAUUCAACCUCUGCGAGCACCAAGCCCUCCUAA